CGCCCGGCUUACGAGUGGUGGCUCGCCUUGAUCUUCCUCUGCCUUUCUUUGAUACAUAGACACCACCCUCUCUUGCUACUCCCGAUGGUCGUCUGAAGCAGCAGGACGACGCAGACGCAGCACGAAGAACCGCCUGUCGAGGGCGCGGGAUAAGGAGACGAAGCAGAGCGAUGGAUUCACAGCAUCACCAGCAGCCGCUUGGCGGCAGUAGACAGCCGCCGCAGGGCCAGCAUCCCCAGCAUCCCCAGCAUCACCAACAUCACCAGCAGCAGCAGCAGCAGCAGCAGCAGCAGCAGCAGCAUCAUCAUCAUCAUCAGGGCUACUACUACCAGCCGCCAUAUCAGCAUCACCAGCAGCAGCCACCGGAGGAGGAGGAGGAAGAGGAGGAAGAAGGGGACGAGCAGCAGCAGCAGCAGGAGCAGCAACAGGAGCAACAGGCGCCGUCUGGGGAUGAUGGCCGGCCGGCCUCGUCUGAUGCGCCGUCGCCGCAAGCCGCGGACUCGAGCAGCGACGACGGGCUGGACGAGGCCUACGACGACUCGACGGGCGAUGGGGAGAUGAUGGGCGACGAUACCAAGACGCUGUCGACGUACAUCACCAGGUAUCGCUAUGAGAACGGCCGGCGGUACCACUCCUAUCGCGAUGGAGCCUACUGGGGACCGAACGAUGAGAUUGCAAACGACCAGCAGGACCUCGCGCACCACAUGUACCUCUUGACCCUGGACGGCAAGCUGCAUCUUGCGCCCAUCUCCAACCCCCAGGAGAUCUUAGACGUUGGCACUGGCACCGGAAUAUGGGCCAUAGAUAUAGCCGACGAGUAUCCCAGUGCAAAGGUCACCGGCGUCGACCUGUCGCCCAUCCAGCCCAGCUUUCUGCCUCCCAACUGCACCUUUGAAGUAGAUGAUGUCACCCUCUGCCCCUGGACAUACCCCCAGAACCACUUUGACUUCAUACAUGUCCGGGAGAUGUUCGGCUGCAUCCCGGACUGGGAUGAGUUCUUUCAGCAGUGCUACCAGUGCCUCAAGCCCGGCGGAUACAUCGAGAUGGUCGAGCACUCCGUCGAACCAACCUCGGACGACGGCUCCGUCGGGCCUUCGCACUUUUACACCCUAUGGGGUAAGACCGUCGUCGAAGCCGGCGCCACCUUUGGCAAAUCCUUCACCAUAUGGAAGGAGAGCAAGGAGCGUCUUAAACGAGCUGGUUUCGUCGACGUCGUCGAGGUAGAAUACAAGUGGCCUAUGAAUGGAUGGAGUAAAGAUCCAAAACUACGGGAACUUGGCCGUUGGAACCAAGUGCGAUUACACGGUGGUGUGGAGGGAUACAUGCUCCGGCUCCUCACCACAGCUUUACGAUGGCCGUACGAAGAAGCACAGCUCUUCCUUGCCCAAAUGCGUACCACUCUCCGGGACUAUAAGACAAACGCAUAUCUACCGGGAACAAUAGUAUAUGCCCGAAAGCCCACGGACGAGACGUGAUAACCACCCGCUCAGAAGCUCACCAUUGCUUUCUUGCACCUCCCUACCGCUCUCACUCUCUCACAAUCCCCUCUCUCCCCUUGCCGACUAUAGUUGUCGACAUGGUAUUCUAAUAUCUCAUUCAUUUUCAAUUUCAAAAGCAUAUUUUCAUUUCACACUUGCUUGAAGCAAUGGGAAACUCGCCUCUGGUUGAUGCCAACUCCCCACCUUUUCUCCCUCGAUACAUUCAAUACAUAUAUAACUUCUCUUCACCUUGUCCCCGUUCAGAGAGCGGCCAUCUUACUUUCUUUGCUUUCCUCCCCCUCCUUGCUCCCUUUUCUUCUAUCUUUGCUUCUCCUUUUAUCAUAGCGUAUACACUUUCGCGCCAGACAGCAA